AUGGACCUGUCGGCGAACCCGGACAGCCCUCUGUCGGGAGGCGGCAGUGGCGGCGGCUCGAGCAGCAUGGGCUCAAACAGCAUCACCUCGUCGCUCUCCGUGGGCGGCGCCCCGCAGUCGCCGAGCCGGUACGAGGCGCAGAAGCGUCGCGACUGGAACACGUUCGGGCAGUACCUGCGGAACCACCGCCCUCCACUGAGCCUUGCGCAGUGCAGCGGCGCGCACGUCCUGGAGUUCCUGCGCUACCUGGAUCAGUUCGGCAAGACCAAGGUGCACGCCGCCGCGUGCCCCUUCUUCGGCCACCCGAGCCCGCCGGCGCCGUGCCCGUGCCCGCUCCGCCAGGCCUGGGGCAGCCUCGACGCCCUCGUCGGCCGUCUCCGCGCCGCCUACGAGGAGAACGGCGGCAGCCCGGAGUCCAACCCCUUCGCUGCGCGCGCCGUCCGGCUCUACCUCCGCGAGGUCCGCGAGCACCAGGCUCGCGCUCGGGGCGUCAGCUACGAGAAGAAGAAGCGCAAGAAGCCGCAGCAGCUGACCUUGGGCGACAGCAGCAGCGGGUUCCGCGGCAACCACCACCAGCCCCCUCCCGGCCCGCCUCCCGCCGCCGGCUGCUGA